AUGAUUGAUGAUGUGGCAUUGGAUGCUUGCAUUCGCAAGCUCGCUGCCCUGAAGGUUCCCAAGGCAUUCAUCAGCAUCAUCCUCCUGGUGUACUGGUUGGAUCCGAAACCACCGUUCUGCAAUGAGACAUUUGAUGUCAUAGAGCUUUAUGCAGGUCGGGCAAGGUUGGCGGUCCUGAUGGUUCUCAGUGGCUCGCUGCAAGGUGCCCUCGCAAUCCUCGGUGUCGAGUGCAGCACAUUUGUCUUCAUGAACCAGGGCCGCUCAAAGAGAACCGAGCUAAACCCUUGGGGGGAUCCUGGUGUAGAUUCUGUACACGAUGCUAAUCAAGCAACAUCCAGGACAAGGUUUUCCUUCUGUGGUGCAGGCUACAUUAGUUGCUUCAGGGAUCGUACAGUGGCCUUUAAGCCUGGGGUUUCAGAUUUUGUGGCUUUGGUAUUCCCAUGCUGUCACUUCCCAACACUUCUAUAUCUCUCUCUCUCUCUCUCUCUCUCUCUCUCUCUCUCUCUCUCUCUCUCUCUCUCUCUCUCUGUGUCUAUUGCAGUGGUGCUUUUGAGCUUCGCCAAAACAUGUGGCAAUAACAGCCUUUCUGCCGACACAUAG